CAGCAACACUCUUCUCUUCUCAAAACGCCAAGGGAAACAAACAUAGCCACCGCUUCUGUCUCUCUCUCUCUCUGUCUCUCUCUUUCUCUCUCUCCGUGUUCAGAUUCUCUCUUCCGCUCUGCGUUGGAAUUGGGUCUCUCUCGUCGUUGUUGGUGUUCUGAGUGAUGGGUAUGCCCUGCCGCUGUUCCCACACCUCGCACAUCACCGAAAUCAUCAUCACCAGCUUCUUCCGCCAUAAGUCUUAGAUCCUCACCUCAAUUAUUUAUAACUCCCUUAGUCACCUUCUUUCAUGGCACCUUGAGAUCCAACUUGGAGUAACCAACGCUUCCUCACAUGGCGGCUGGAAGGGCUUUUUCCGACAUCACUGCCUUCCUUCGCAACCAAACAGCUCUUCCCACUUCCCAACCUCUCGAUUCUCUCUUCCUCUCUUCUUCCACUGCUCCUUUUCUCGGUUCGAGAUCCAUGAUGAGCUUCGAAGGAGAAGGAGGGAAGGGGUGUAACGGUUCCUUCUUCCGCGCGUUUGAUAUAGACGAGAAUGGAGAUGAGUGCAUGGACGAGUACUUUCAUCAGCCUGAGAAGAAGCGCCGUCUCUCUGCCAAUCAGGUUCAGUUUCUCGAGAAGAGCUUCGAGGAAGAGAACAAGCUUGAACCCGAGAGAAAAACCAAGUUAGCCAAAGACCUUGGUCUGCAGCCACGACAAGUCGCUAUUUGGUUCCAGAACCGUCGUGCUCGCUGGAAGACCAAACAGCUCGAGAAGGACUACGAGAUUCUGCAUGAGAGCUAUGAGAGUCUCAAGGCCAACUACGAAAUCCUCCUCAAGGAGAAAGACAAGUUGAAAUCUGAGGUGGCGCACCUGAGCGAGAAGGUGCUUGCAAGAGAGAAAGAAGAGGGGCAGUCGAAGCAGGCCGAAAGUGGAACAAAGAGGUUGCAGGAACAGGAUCAGGAACCACCGCAAAGGCCUGUACUUGAUUCAGUUUCGGAAGGUGAAGGAUCCAAAGUGUCUUGUGUUGUUGGGGGUUGCAAACAGGAAGAUAUCAGCUCAGCCAGGAGUGACAUUUUGGACUCCGACAGCCCGCAUUACACGGAUGGAGUACACUCGGCGGUGCUAGAGCACGGUGAUUCUUCUUAUGUGUUUGAGCCUGAUCAAUCGGACAUGUCACAAGAUGAAGAAGACAACCUCAGCAAGAGUCUGUACCCUUCCUACCUCUUUCCGAAACUCGAAGAUGCGGAUUACUCCGACCCAACGGAAAGUUCUUGUAAUUUUGGAUUCUCGGAGGAAGAUCAUGCUCUUUGGAACUGGGAGUACUAAGUUUUCUACAAUGUUUGUGUGUCUGUGCCGUGUGUAGUGUUUAUUUAUUUAGUAUUUGCAGUUUUAGUGGAGAAUUUAUAAAUGGGAAAUAAGUCAGAUGAAUGACUAUAGGUUUAUUAGGAUAGAGAUGGUGGUUUUUGCCGCAUUUUGCUACUUGUAAUGAAAGUGUUGGUUCCAAUGUAAUUAAAUAAUGCGUUCCAGUUGAGAAUGUAAUUGUGGAUUUAGUUUAAUGAAGAAAUAUAAAUUGGAAA